UAUGCAGAUGAGCUAACACAUUCCAUUUUGCAAUUGAUGUUUGGUUUUGAAAAAUGGAAACAGUUUGUUUUUCUUUGCAUGCAACACAUCAAAAUCUGUGACUGUUAUUCAUCAGUCCAGACUGUAAAUCCUGUAGGUACACUGACUUAACCAGCCUGAAACUGAGACUUCCCCUUUCUUCCUCAUCCAAACUGUGCAGUCGAGUUCUGACAGUUGCCGGGAGCGUCAGGUCGCCAGGUUGGAAAGGUUGGAGAUUUUGAUCCGUCAUAAUGUUGACACAGGGGUGAGGCAGCUGUUUGAAUAACAGGAUAAGGUGUUCAGUGUGGAUGUGCAGCUGGGCAGUGUGUUUACGCUUCAUUCACCACCAGACCCAUAAUCAGUGACGUGACUGUUGAAGGCACCGAGUUCAGACAAUGUGCCUGUGUGUGGACACACACACACUACACAUGUGUGUUUUUAUGUGAUACACUGUGUGUAUUUUAUGUUUUUAUGCCUCUGAAUGAAAUAGGGUGGAAGUGGUCUGUGUGUGUAAGCUUCAUCACUCCUUCCAGGAAGUCCUCUGCAGAAUUUCCUUUUAUAGAAGCUAAAUACAAAAGGCUUGCUGUCCACUUCCUGUAAACAGCUCGACGGCUGCGUUAGCAGUGCUCUGAUUGGCCUUCUUGGAUCUCGGGGAGUUCCAAGAGGAGGAAGCGAGCCUCCUCUGACACUGGCCAACCACAGGGAAUAGAAAGUGCUGUGAUACAAUGAGAGAGUGGAGAAUAAGGAACUGGAAAUAUAAAAGACAGUGGCAGACAUUGACAGGCCCAGAGGAAGAGUGACGAUGGAAUUUGAUGCGUUGGUUCAUCUGACUUUUGGGAGUGUCACUCAAAAAGUGAAGGACAGAUUUGGGUAAAAAAUUCUGGGGAUUUAAGUCAUGAUCCAAGGAAGAAAUGAUUAGAUGUGGUGAUCAUUUAGGAUCUUGAGCUUCCUGGAAAUAUGUGCAUUUUCACAAUUUAAGUGGACGUAGACUUCUGUUUUUUCUGAGGACACCAAUGCAGAACUGAAAAUGUAUUGAAUAGAUAUCUGAGGGUGACUCUUCUGGUUGUAAAAUGAGUUUCUACUUCUCACAUUUCUCUGAGGCGGUAAUGGUCUCAAUCACUAGUUUCAAGUCUUUUUUUCAGUUGGACAUGAUGCCAGUGUUGUAAAAGAUCUUGCAAAAUAGACAAUAAAUUGUGUUGAAAACUGGAGUUCAGAUUAUGUCUGGGUUGUCAUCAGAAUCAGUGGCCACUUUAUUGAGACCCACAGAUGCUUCAGGGAAGAUUUUAUUUGGGUUGCCCUUUGCCUCAAGGUUUAUGUUCAUAUGUUUAAUUAUGUGUGCAUAACCUGUAUAAAAGAUAAGUAAUCAAACAUAUAUCUUUUGGAAAUGUCUCUUUAAACAUUAAAAAUAGUAGUUGUUACAGAUAUUGCUGUAAAAGUAGUCAGGAACUUUGCAUUGUGCACAUAUCUGCGCUUGACACAAUCUACAAUAUACGUUCAGUAAAUUCAGUAAAAAAAACACCUUAGCUUUAUAAAUGAUGUUUGAACUGAAAGCGGUUUCUUGCCUACUUUUUCUUGUUGGGACGACUACAUGGAGCUACGUUGUUUCGUGUUGGUGUGUGUGGCAGGCUACUUAAUCCAUUAAUCACCUCAUUGGUACAAUACAAACACAUGCGUGUCGCCCGCAGUGCUGCUGAUGUGUGCACCUGCCUGUUUCCCUCAAAGCUUUCCUGCUGCUGCAGUCAGUAAGCUAAACUCACACAGCUCUAUGGAAGAUGUUCAAGGCUUCACAAUGAAGCCCCUGUUGGCAAGGGUGUGUGUGUGUGUGUCUGUGUGUCUGUGUGUGUGUGUGUGUGUGUUAGAGAUGAACCGGAGGACACGCCUGCUGCAGCCCUGCAGCUAUGAAAUUCCUACUGAGAGACAACUUGUCUCAGCCUGGCCAGCCAGCACCAAGCAGUCAGUCCAAAACACACACACACACACACACAGAGAGAGAGACUUUGAAAAUGCAUAUUAAAGCUGGACUGAGUCUAAUUUUAUCCUGUCCGGGCAAGAAAACACUUGUCCCAUCCAAGAUCGCUGAGGAAUGAGGCAGCCUGCUGUGACCUGCCCUCAGAAUGGUUAAAAGAGAGAGAGAGCGAGAGAGAGAGGGGGAAGAAACAGUGAGAACUAAGUAGAUAAAUGAGCAGUAGAAGGGGAGACUCACACACACACACUCGCUGGGAAUAGAAUCGGGUCGUGUUUCUUGUUUACCUGGUCUUCUGUGAGGAACAGAAGAGAAAACAAACAGGUGCACGUGUGUGUAAAUGUGUGACAGCGGAGUGUGUGAGGACAAGCCCCCCGCCCCCCCUGUCAGGAUGAGCAGCCAAGGAGGAGGAGCCAAGGACACGCAGUCGGCCAAUCACAGCUCUCGGCCGCUGCCGUCUGUACCAGAGGAGAGGAAGUCCAGGAACAAGAUCAUCUCCAUGUUUGCCUCUGAGAAAGGAGGCAGGAAGAAGGACCGGGACAAGGACAGACCUGAGAUAUCGUCUCCGUCUGACUUUGAACACACCAUCCAUGUGGGUUUCGAUGCCGUCACUGGAGAGUUCACUGGUAUGCCAGAGCAAUGGGCCCGUCUCCUUCAAACCUCUAACAUCAGUAAAUCAGAGCAGAAACAGAAUCCUCAGGCCGUCCUCGACAUUCUCAAGUUCUAUGACUCCACCACUGGAAAACAGAAAUACCUCAGUUUUUCUGCCUCGGAUAAAGACUCACAGUCGCUGGGUAAACAGGGUACGGUGACCUCUCCGUCAGGUGGUAAAGGUGGCGACGACGACGACGACGAUACACCUCCUCCCAUUGUCGCCCCGCGACCGGAACACACCAAAUCAGUGUACACGAGGUCGGUGAUAGAUCCACUGCCAGCUCCAGAGGGAGACGCUGCGUCAAAGGCAGCUGACAGACAGAAGAAGAAGGGAGGAGGCAAAAUGACUGAUGAGGAGAUCAUGGAAAAACUAAGAACUAUAGUUAGUAUUGGAGAUCCUAAGAAGAAAUACACUCGCUAUGAGAAGAUCGGCCAGGGGGCGUCUGGCACCGUUUACACAGCCAUAGAUGUUGCCACAGGACAAGAAGUGGCUAUCAAACAAAUCAACCUGCAGAAGCAGCCAAAGAAAGAGCUGAUUAUCAACGAGAUCCUGGUCAUGAAGGAGCUGAAGAACCCAAAUAUUGUCAAUUUCUUAGACAGUUUCCUUGUAGGAGAUGAGCUGUACGUGGUGAUGGAGUAUCUGGCUGGUGGCUCCCUCACUGAUGUUGUGACGGAGACGUGCAUGGACGAGGCCCAGAUUGCCGCCGUCUGCAGAGAGGUCCUUCAGGCUCUAGAGUUUCUUCAUGCCAACCAGGUCAUCCACAGAGACAUCAAGAGUGACAACGUGCUGCUGGGGAUGGAUGGAUCAGUCAAACUCACUGACUUCGGCUUCUGUGCCCAGAUCACUCCAGAGCAGAGCAAGCGCAGCACCAUGGUGGGGACUCCAUACUGGAUGGCUCCAGAGGUGGUGACCAGGAAAGCCUAUGGACCCAAAGUGGACAUUUGGUCUUUGGGGAUCAUGGCCAUAGAGAUGGUGGAGGGAGAGCCUCCUUAUCUCAAUGAGAACCCUUUGAGAGCUUUGUAUUUAAUUGCCACCAACGGGACUCCUGAGCUGCAGAGUCCAGAGAAGCUGUCUCCCGUCUUCAAUUCCUUCCUGUCCCGCUGUCUAGAGAUGGACGUGGAGAAGCGAGGAUCAGGCAGAGAACUGCUGCAGCAUCCAUUCCUGAAGCUGGCCAAGCCUCUGUCCAGCCUCACCCCGCUCAUCCUGGCAGCCAAGGAGGCCAUGAGGAGCAACCGCUAAAUCCCAGUCUCUAAAGACUAUAAAAGAGCCGAGAGAACCAGGACCGGACCAGCAAGCAUCUUCUUUUUCUCGUCUAUAUAUGAUGAUCAUGAGUGACCUAUUUAAUUAUUUUCUUUUUUUCCCCCAAAGGGUCAAAGAAUGAAUCUCCGCUCCUUAACUAUUUCCUUUUCUGCGCUGAAGCCAUAUUUAUUUGACCUUUUGUUCCAAAGUUAGAGUGUGCAUUUUACGAAUCAUUGUUGCAAAGGUUCAAGACGACUAACACACCAAAGUCCACACUCACAAAGCAUCUUAUGUGACUGGGAGUCGUUCAUAAAGCCUGUAAAUGUUCCUCUUUAACCUUUUUCAUAAAACACUCGACAGCUGCUUUUACUGAGGAAGGAAGAGAGGGGGGUGUUAAUAUGGAUGGGAUCAAAGCUCUGUCUAAAUUCCAUAGUACACACUAAUUAUAAGCAAGGGUGUCUUUUUUCAGUAUAUGGUGUUCAAAUUGAAGAAACACAAAAGUAAACAACAGAUUUAUUACUCAUAAUGAUAUUUGGUCAGAAAAUCCUUGGAAUGAGAGUGACGUUUUAUUUAAAAUAGAUUCAUUUAACCAUGUUGUGUCAUCAAAUUGACGGUUACCAUUUUUACUUUACUGCCUCAUUACCAGUUACUUUUCGACAGCUUCUAUUACCUUUUGAUCAACGCUGCUUGAGCAAAUUUUCAAAUACUCUGUAUACUGUAUGACAAAAGUAACCUUGGUCAUUUUUAGGAUUCUAGAGAGAACCUUCUCAACCGGUUUCUAUGGCUGCUGUUGCUAUAGUUACAUGUAUGCAUUCUGACAGGGUCCAUUAGUCUUGAAAGCACACUGUACUAUGACUGCACUGUACUCCGCUCCCAGCAUUGAACAGUGCGGCCUUUGUGCAGUGGAAAAGCCAUAAUGUGUCAGAGACAGUGUCCUUGUGUGACCUGGUAUCUCACUCACUGAAAAUGAAACCAUUCCUGUAAGGGGGUGGGCAUUUUUUUGUGUGGUUUUGAACAUGAAACCAUGUAUUAUUUUAUAAUAGAAGAAGAAGAAAAAUCUCCAAAUUCCGUGUGUUUAGUGUUUCAACUUCCUGGUGGCCGUUUAAGCGUCUCUGAUUUCUGAACUGUCUGUGGUCUCUUCUAGAAACUAUGCAAACCCAUCCGAUGUUUUUACUGCAUGAAAUCAAUGCCUUGAAUAUUUGGGUCCACUGUACUGGCCACACAUUUCUCUCUCUCUGUGUUGUUUCCUCUCGUUGUUCUGUAUGUCCGUAUCGCUGCCUUUUUGCAGUCGUUGCCUCUUGUCUCUAUUGGUGUGAGUACAACACAAAUACUGUAUGAAAUUAUCAGUUGAACUGGAGGAAGACUUUGCCCAUUUUGUACAUUAUACAUUUGGUAAUGUUCUGUGUUUUUUAUGCGGCUUUUUAAAACGUAUGUAAAUCGUUGUUUCAUAUUUGUAACUAACACAGGAGAAGAUAUUUGCUGUUCUUUGUAUUUUGGCAUGUUUGUUUGUGGGUUUUUUUUCUUUUUUUUUGCACCAUUUCAUCCUCAGUUCCCUCAGAACUGUGCAAUUAUGGACUUGGAAUCAUAAAAUGCAUCAAUAAGCCUGAGAGCAAUCGAGCCAGACCUGAAUCUGUAUUCAGGUCAGGUCUGAAUUCUUUAUGUUUGUUUUACCUUGCUCGGAGUACCAUGUGAGUUUGGUGUAUACCUCAUUAUACAGCUCGUUUUGACAAUCACAGAAUAUUUUUUUUAUUAAAUAUUCAGCUAAAGGACUGGUGUGAGUGUGAUAGUCGGAUGUCUUGGCAGAAAUUGUACCCCAGUAUUCAAGUUAACGACCUGAAGCUGAGGAUUAUUAGUCAUCCACAACAAGCUCCUGACUUUAUAUCAGCAUAGGAAAAUGCUCCUUUUCCAUGGAGUCUGUCAGUGUUUCGACAUGUGAGUGCUUCUUCAGGUUACUCCGAUGUAGAAAAGGAGGGAUAUUCAAUUUGUAGACGUCACUAGAACCGCCGCUUGUAGACGUCCUUUAACAGACACAAAAACCCACUCAUGGUACUCGGCAGGUUGACACAAAUACACAGUGUUUGCUCCUGUGACCAGGCUGGCAAACACUAUCAUGUGGCUUUAUUUUUUUUUUGACAAGAACACAUUCCAGUAAUGCAGUUUUUGUAUUAUGAACGAUGAAGAGUUUUUAAAAGGAAUGCAUUGUUGUUCAUCAUGAAACCACACACUUCUGGUAUUGAAUAAAAUCCAUACAUGUAAAUUAUUAAUAAAGGUGGCUUGUUUCUGGA